UAACAAAUGACAAUAAAAACAACAUUUUAAAAUUGUUUUAUUCUUAUCAAAUAAUGAACAAUGUCGUUAUCACGCGACUGUGUACGUAUCAAUCGCAUUCGUAGCAUGUGUAUAUUAUAAUAUCAUAUUACUAUAAUGUAAUUUCGUUCAUUUAAAUAUCGAUUAAUUUUCUCAAAUGGUAAAAAAGGUUACUAGGAUUAUACUAUAUGUUUAUCUCUAAUAGCAGUAUAGAUAGAAGAACAAGUAUUAGCUUAUAUACAUUUCGAUUACUUUUCUGUGUGAUAUUAGAAAUAUAAUCAAUUUAAAUUUAUGUUUUAAUGUUGUCUUAAUUGUUUCAGAGAGUCAACAUGACUAUGAUGAACGAAGACGAAGUUCCUAACAUCACAUAUAGUGACGCCAGCAUACAUGUUAUUCCACAAAAUCGGUUUUUACCAGACGUUGUUCACUGUACAAUGAACAUGGAUAGUUUUAAUCAGGUUAAUCAUAUCUCUGAUCACGGUAGAUGUGUUAUGACAGAAACCACUGAUUACGGUACAAAGCAAUAUCCUGACAUUGCAUCAGUGUUUUCAGAAGUAAAUAAAAAGAUGAGUUACAGGGAAAGCCAAAAAAAUAUCAACGAUUUAUGUGAACAACUUGAUUCUGUAGAAAUGAUUGAUGAUUGUUCAGUGAAACGUUUCAACGAGCUAGAAUCAUUUGAAGGAAAUCAUGGAGGCCAUAUGGCAGCAAACAUUGACGCUUCUAGAAUAUAUUUAAGGGAUAAAGAUGGAGAUACCCUCUUACAUAUAGCCAUUAUAUUACGUGAUGAUAAAUUAGCCAUGAUAUUUAUUGGUAAAGCACCAUCAAACACCUGGUUGUCUUUUACAAAUGUUUUAUUUCAAACACCUCUACACCUUUCCGUAUUAACCGAUCAGCCAGAAGUCACUAGAAGAUUAAUUGUUGCUGGUGCUGAAGUAGAUAAACGCGAUAAGGACGGUAAUACAGCUUUGCACAUUGCGUGUCGCCAAGGACAACACAAAAAUGUGCAAAAUCUUCUUGAGCCUGUCAGAUAUCAUGAAAUCAAACAUAAUUCUUAUGAUAUACCGUACCAAACAAUUCCACAGGAUUUAUCCAUAAAGAACUAUGAGGGAUUAACUUGCCUACAUUUAGCUGCAUCAAAUGGACAUUUAGACAUUGUUAGUAUGUUACUGGACAAAGACAUAGACGUUAACCUCAAGGAAGGAAAAACAGGUCGGACAAUAUUACACAAUGCUUGCCUUACUGGUGAUUUAAAUAUUGUCAAAUUACUGUUAAGGCAUCGUUCCUGUAAUAUAAAUGCAAGGACCUUUGAUGGGAGCACGCCAUUUGACCUUGCACGUAUUCGAGGUCAUGAAGACAUUUGCCUGAUCCUUGCUGCUGCAGGGGCAGGAUAUGGAGAAGAUUUAACAGACUCUGAUUAAACGGUAUCAUAAAAGACUGCAAGUCCUUUUACAUUCACAUUUGCUGUUCCGAUUCAGGAAAAGAAAUUAUUUAAUAUCUGACAUUUAUUUCAAUCAGGGAAGGAUUUUAGACAAAAAUGUUCAUACUUAUAAUUAUGAUUCAACAAACAGUAAAACUGAAGUUGGAAUAUAUUUAUAUAAAUCCUAGUCGUGUACUUAUUAUAUGUUAGUGAUACUCUAAAUACCUCAUAGUUGUUAUAAAUACAAAUGUUUUAUAAUAAUCAUCCACAGAAAAGUGCUCAAUUAACUUUUACAUGUAACGAAUUGAUAGGUUUUUACCAUUAUUAAUUUUCAAUGUAUAUAUAUAUUAUACAUUUCAUAAAGUUUGUCAUUAUUGCCAACUUGCUUAACCAUAAUUAUGAUUCUCUUCUUGGAAACUCCAUAUAUUUUUAUGUUUGUAAUAGUCUUUGUUAAGCUUGUUUAGUAUGUUAUUAUUUUGCACCAUUUGUAUAGGAUAAUUUUUGUUAUAGGGCAAUAUAUUGUGAUAUCAAACGUACAAUAGAUGGUUUUCAUUCAUGCAUUUUUAAUUAUAACAUAUGUUUUCAUUUGAAUGAUCGAACCAUAAUAAAGUGUUACUCUUUUGUUUAUACAGUGGAUACAUGUUAAUCAUAUUCAUUUUAACAAUUAUUUUUCAGUUUGUCCAUAUUCAUUAAAUAAAAUUAACACAAGUGUCUUUCCCUAUCUAAUUCAUGUUUAUUAUUUAAUACUUCUGACAUUUCAGCAAUAAAGUAUUUUACACAUUAUUUCCAAAAACAUACUUAGCGUUAGUACACUAUGUUAAUAAGACUUUAAUAAUACAAAAAUAUUUUUUCCUAUGAUUUAUUGCCAUGAACAAAAUCUGAUAUCAUAAGUUUUUUUGUUAAAAUUAUAGAUGUUGAAUUUGUCACUAACUUGUUUCCUAGUGCCAUCAUGUGUUCGUCAAAUAUUUUGAUUAUAUAAUUGUUAGAUAUAUUUAGAGGUUUAUAUACAAUGUGAUGAUUUAAUCUCCAAAUCCGAAGCCAGUUUGUUUUGUUUUUUAUCUUUAAUACAUCAAGAUAUUGUUACUGAUGAUAAUUGUUGUUUGUUUAAAAUCAUCAGCUCAUUUUAUACAAUAAACUUAUAA